UGGCGACGUAUCCGAACUUCUUUCGGUCUUGGAACUUCUUCCACGUGCUAAUAAUUCUUUUUUAUCAUCUUUCUUAUUGAAAAGAUCGAUAUUAUCCCGACACAAGAUGUUGAUGCCAAAGCAGAACAGGACUGCCAUUUAUGAAAUGCUCUUCAAGGAGGGUGUCAUGGUCGCAGAAAAAAAUGUUCACUUACCCAACCAUCCUGAAUUGGAAGGAAUUCCAAACCUUCAUGUGAUUAAGGCCAUGCAGAGUAUGAAGUCUCGUGGUUUGGUGAAGGAACAGUUUGCCUGGAGGCACUACUACUGGUGCCUAACAAAUGAUGGCAUUGAGUACCUACGUGGAUAUCUUCAUUUGCCCCCAGAAAUCGUCCCAGCCACUCUGAAAAGGAAGGCUGCCGCUGAAGGUGCCCGUAUGGGUAAGCCCAUGGGGCCAAGAGGCGGUGACUCUUCUAGAGCCGCAGAAGACAGAACCGCUUAUAGAAGAGGACCCGGUGAUAAGAAAAUUGAUGUUGGUGCCGGCGCAGGCAAUUUGGAAUUUAUGGGAGGAUUUGGCAGAGGCAAAGCUCCACAAUAAAUUGACCUAUUGUAACGCAAUCAACAUCUGCGUUAGUUAUGCUUUUGUAUUGAAGAAGACAAACUCUUCAAUGUAAAAUAAAAAAUUAAUUUUUACAGAUAAGUAA